AUGCCAACGGGACUGACUGAAAAUGAAAUAAUAAUUCUUCAUUUUAAGUGUUUUAUAAAACAAAAAAGAAGCUACAUACAAGUUAUUGUCGCUGGGAAUGGAACGGCUGGGAAUGAAUCUAAUCAAUUGAGAGGACCUAAAGGUGUUGCUAUUGAUCAAUAUGAUNCACGUUAUUGUUGUUUGAGUAGUUGUUGUGGUGGUGGUGGUGCUCGUAGUCGAAGUCGUAGUUGUCUCACUAGUUGUAGUUAUGCUGGUUGUUGA